UUCCAAAUUUAUUUUGGCUUUGUUUCUCAUAAUACAACUUCUUAAAAAUUACCAAUUUUUUCAUUAAUCUUUCAGCUUCAUGCUAACAAAAUCAUGUUAUUUUUCCUUCUAAUAUUACCACGUUAUCCUCAUAAAAACAUUGAGUUGGAGUUUAUUCUUGUAAAAUUACAGCUGAUUUUUACAUUUUUUGAAAAAAUGUACCGCGACCAAUAAAAAAAGAGCAGCCCCCGGGCUGCAAUUGGUCCCCGGGCCACACUUUGGACACCCCUGCUAUACACAGUCUGUGGUAGCAGAUGGUCCCUAAACAGGGCGCUGCAUUGCAUAACUCUACUAUUCGAUACCAUUUAUAGCUUUAUAGAAAGUAUGAUGUCCAUUUUCACUUUUAUGGUGAUGACUUUCCUUUUCUUUGGCGCACUGACGCUCAGGAGGAGCACCUGCGUGAAUGUAGCGUUGUGUAACUUUGUCGUAGAUUUUAAAGGAAAAGGAGUAAAAAGUGGCGCCUGGAGUCAAGUCUCUUUUUAUGCUUGCUGACGUAGAAGAUCCGUGGGAAAAUGCGGUAGAGGAAACCGGGUUUGCCGACUGCCUGGGGGUCCGGCUGGAGCGCCGUCAGGCUGCGCGCUCUCGCAUCCAAAUUCUCCUUAAAGAAGGCGUCUGAUCCUCUUAAAUUUCACCAGUGAUUUUGAAAAAAUCAAAUAUGUUUUUUGUCUAAUUGAAGGUGAUUUUAUGGUUCCCCUUUCAUAUCAUAUAGGCCAGGGGGUCACCAACGUGGUGCCGGUGGGCACCAGGGCGCCCCACACAAGGCGCCUGCAUGCCUGAUUUUCAUUCAGGUUUUCAGCUGAUGAUCAUUUUGUAAAAGUAGCUCUCACAAGAAAAAAGGUUGGUGACCCCGGAUAUAGGAAAUAGUACAUUUAAAAAUGUACACUUCGGUAUCAGCUGAUUUCGCUCAUAGAUGAUCGGUAUCGGCUGCAUAAAACCCUGAUCGGAGCAUCCCUAAAUCGCAUGUUAGCAUUUUUGCUAUUUUCAAAUUGACAUGGAUGGUGUUGUCAUGUUCAGUGUUAACAUGCUAACAGUUAGUGUGUUAGCAUUGCUAUUAUGCUAAUGCUAAUGUUAGCAUCUUGGAUGGUCUGUGGUCGCAGAUGUCCCUCAGCAACAUCAAACUGAGCCCCUAAACGGGACGCACCAUUGCAUAACUCUACUAUUCAGUACCAUUAAUAGCUUCAUAAAAAGUAUCAUGCAGUGCACGGCGGAAUAGUCGUCUACAGUCAAGCAUUUCUAGUCGUUCAAAUGAGUCAUCAAUGCGCUCAUCAACAGAUGGAGCAGAUGAUGAGAAGAUGGAGGAGGGGGAUGCUGGGAUGAGGGCCAGAGGGUGAUUGAUGUCAUUGAGGAAGAAAGACAGAAGAGAUUGAUUGGGACUGAACAGGGAUUAGCGGUUCAAUGGGCGAGAAUGCGAGACAGCAGGAUGCACAGGAUGGUGCAAGUUGAAGCAUGGAGUCCAUGGUGUAAGUCACCAUGAUAUUGAUUGUGAUACAUGGAGCACAUAGUGCUUGAUAUCACAACACAGUCCAUCUAGCCAUGUAUCAACAAAACAUGGAAUGUGGGCUCGUACUUUACUUUAUUAUUAUUUACUAACAGCGUACUUUACUCAUGUGGUUGUCUAUUUGUAGUUGAUCAUAUGCUUUUUCUUGUUUCCCAGUCAGUACAGAUUGGUGUCCUAUUGCAUUGUUUUGGAGUAGGCUCGCUGCCUCUUGAUAGUGGCGUGAGGCGCUGCGUCACUACGCCAGAAAAGUAGUUCUUCGUGUUAUAUGCUACAAUAACACUGCCGCUGUAGCUUGGUUUAUAUACAGCUCAGUUCUGUAAAUAGAACAUUGUUGGUGUUUUGUGGAGUUUUUUUUGGGGGGGGGGGGUUAUCGUCAAAAUAGGUGGAAUUGUUAGCUCCCACAAGCUAGCUGUUUUUGUCUCUUUAGAACACAGAGAAAAGGAAACCAUAUGUGUGCUCAUGUUUUACUUCAGGAUUGUGGCGGUUUUCCUUGAACUCACUCAACACCAAAGACAUGUUUAUAGGUUUUUGUAAACCCCAACGCCAGAUCCCAACACAGUAUGUUUCCUUGCACGAGAGGCAAAAAGAGGUGAUGACGCAACUCCACACCAAUGGAUUUAACUUCAGAGCAAUUUUAAACCAUAAAAACGGCCACAAGGUGGCAUAAGUGCAUUUGAUAAGAGCUCGGCAGAGACCAUGUGCACGGAAAAACACACAUGACAGCAAGGAGGAAGUGAGAGAGCGUGGAGGAGUGCGGCAUGCAGAAGGUUACUCGUUCUGGGGAAAUGCUAAUGUAUGCACACGCGCACACAUCGCGCGCAGGCGUGCGCACACAUGCACACACAUAGUUCAGCUCCAAAUGUGAAAAUUGUAAAUAAUUCAUGGUGUUCUAUUUGUAAAUAAAAUGUUAUUUUGAUGUAAAACGACCCCUUUUUUGUGUUGUUUGUGUUGGAAUAAUCGUUUUGAUAUUUGAGCUGUCACAAAAGCAAAAAAUAUUUGUGUCAAAGUGAAAGUUACGCUUGAAAUGUAAUUUUUCACAAAAAGCUGGUUGUCUCGCUUUUCUAGUCAGGAACUGAUAUUUUCCUGAAACUUACAUAUGUUCUACUGCUGAUACUAAUGCUGCGGGCCAAUAAAAAAAUGGCCAGAAAUAGCCCCGGGCCGGAUGAUAUUGAUAUGUAGAAAUAUGUUGAACAAUUAGGCUAAGAAUGAGGAUGGAACCAGCAACCAUCAGGUUGGGAGACAACCACACGAGACAUGUUGCCGUGUAGAAUAAGUGGAAUGUUACAAUAAUGGAAAAUGUGUAAAAAAAAUAAAUAAAUCACCUGUAGGUGGCACCGUUUGAUUUGUCUAUUUGUUAUUAGCCGACUAGUUUGAAAUGUCUGAAAGUAAACACAGCAACGGUUGUGUCCGAUACCCUCGGAUAGGAAGCAAGAACGCACAGUUUUAUCCUGCGCUAUUUGCAAUGCUAUAUGCAUUAUCCUAUUAGCGUAGAAAACAUUUAAUCCAGCGGAUGUCCCCAACUGCAGAGAAAACGUAAAUCCCACUUUUAGGUCACUUGGAAAAUCAUAAACAAAACGUAGGCAGGUGCAACAGGCAUCAGCCUCCUUUCGGGAGUGAAAUGAGAGCAGGGGAUAUGGGACAACUCGGUUAACCAUAUGUGCUUGCAGUCUGUACAAUGAUGUCAGAUUAGUCAAAAUCCUUUUUUUUCCCUAUUUUUCUUUUUUUUUGGUACAUUUUCCAGCAAAUCUCCCCUCUGAGUUAAUGUUUUAGGUCGACAAUUGUUCCUACAGUUUAAUAGCCACAGACAUAGAAGCCAUAGUCUUUGUCAUGUACAUGCUAAAUGGGUUCAGGUCAGGGUUAUUAUCAUCCGUUAUCAGUCUCUCCAUGAUAGUGGCAACAACAAACACAUGACAGUGUUUCCUACAUGACUGCACCAUCGGCCCACACCGGUGUGACUGUGAAGCCACGGCGGAUAUGGACAAAGAAAAGGGUAUUUUCAUUGGUAAAUUUAGCUUUGAAGCCCUGGCAGAUGGCUCUCGCAACAAGACAAAGAUAUUUGUAUCCGCUGUCGCUUGGAGUUGAGUUGUCACAGAGAGAUUUACGUCCCUACUUCUAAUAAAUAAAAAGUUAUUUCUGAUAUCUUCAAACAUUAAACAUCAUCUGACCUCCGACGUGAGAUAAUUCAGUAUCAUCCAUAACAUGGAUGAUAAAAAGAAUUAAGCAGAGGAUGUACUUUCCACUCCAUUUUCCUCCGCUUAUCCGGGUCCGGGUCGCAGGGUUAGCAGUCUCAGUAGGGAAGUCCAGACUUCCUGGUCCCCGGUCACCUCUUCCAGUUCCACCGGGAGGACACCAAGGCGUUCCCAGGUCAGCUGUGGGAUAUAAUCCCUUCAGGGUGUCCUUGGUCUCUCCCCAGGGCCUUCUCCCAGCUGGGCAUGCCCGGAAUACCUCACCAGGGAUGCAUCCGGGAGGCAUCUGGACUAUAUCCCAAGCCACCUCAACUGACUCCUCUACUCUGAGCCCCUCCGGGAUGACCGAGUUCCUCACCCUCUCUCUUAGGGUGAGUCCAGCCUCUCAUUUCAGCCGCUCGUAUCCGCAAUCUUGUUCUCUCAGUCACGAACCAAAGCUCAUGACCACAGGUGAGGGUGGGAACAUAGAUCGACCGGUAAAUUGAGAGCUUUGCCUUCCGGCUCAGCGCUCUCUUCACCUCCUCCAUGAAUCACCACCCUAUCGUGGUGGAGGUGUUUGAGUGCCCGAGUGAUCCUAGGAGCUAUGUUGUCUGGGGGUAUAUGCCCUUGGUAGGUCCCAAGGCAAACGGGUCCUAGGUGACGGGCCAGUGAUUCAGAAGACCAUAUGAACAAACACAAGAGGAGGGACCGCACCCCACCCGGACAAGGGAUACCGGGGCCUCACCCUGGAGCAGGGACCGGGCGAGGGGAUCGCAGCCUGGUGGUCGGCCCUUCACCCGUGGGGCCCUGGCCGGGCCCAGCCCGAAGAAGCCACACGGGAUCUACCUCCCGUAGACCCACCACCUGUGGGGGCAAGCAUAAGGGUCCGGUGCGAUGUGUUUUGGGUGGCGGUCGAGGGGGGACGGGUGCCUGGACGACCUGGACUUCAGCUGACAAAUCUGGUUCUUGGGUUUAAAUAAAACUUUGCUCAUAUCUGACCCCUCUAUGUCGGUCCACUUUACCUCAACCCGGCCAUGACUCCUGUAUGACGGUGUAUCUUUUUUAGCUUAGCAUUCUAAGGCAGCUGCACGGGAGAUUAUCUCACGUCAGAGGUCAGAAGAUGUUUGAUGUACAUGGACGAUACUGAAUGUAAAGAAGAAGAAUUAAGGACAAGAUGUACUAUUUUCUCUAAUUCAGUUUAGUGACAUUGUUACAAUGUGUGUAGGUUUGACUAAUCGGAAAACGAGUGUAACCAUCUAAAUGUUUUUGUUUCUAUGCGUGCACAUGCCAGCCCAGCAACCAGACCGACACAAGCGUGAUUCUUUUGCAAUCAAUCCAUCCAUUUUCUGAUGACCCGUGCUUGCUGUUGUCCAGGGAUUGUUGUGUUCUUUUCUGGAUUUUCUCAGCUCAAAGCAUCAAAAGAGAAUGUGUUCUAUUCAUUUGGAUGGGUUUUUGCAAAGCGAGAGUCCUCCUAAAUCAUAGAUUCAAUCUAAACCACAUGUGCAUGUGUGUGAGUGUGUAACAAGAAGCAAUGCAGGGGGAAAACUCCAUUCCACGGCAUUUGGUAAUCUGGAUCAGCGAACUAAGACCCAUAAUAUUAUGUAACUGAGACAAUGUUGAGUGUUUGUUGUCAUUGUUCUUGUUCUAUAUAUUGUAUCUGUAAAAUGCAUCUGAAUGGUGAGGAGAAUCUUGUUUGAGGAGUGAAAAUGUAUUUAUUUCAGUGUUUUCUAGCCUUUCAGCAGCGUGCCGCUUCUGUUGAAGCUGUUUUUUGGCGACCUCUACUGAUGGCUACUUAGUAUUGCAUCCGUAAAGAGAUUUCCCACAAAAAUGAGAUUUGCUACACCCUGGUGGUGAUGUUUUGACAAUGCAACAUGGGCAUGCCAAAGGCGUCUAAACCUUUGACAUUUUUUUUUUUACUGAAAAAUCAAAGCAAGGGAGGUCUACUUUGAUAUUUCUACACACUUUAAUUCUAAUAUAAUAAUAAUAUAGUAUAAUAAUUAUUUUAUUUUUUUAUUUUAUAAAAAAAAAAAACUAUUUUGUAAUGUCCAAUGUUUGGUGACGGGUCUUUUUUGACUGAUUUUUCCAGAAACACAGGAUAUUGUGUUCUAUGGCUACCUGUGUAUAAACAUGGAACCUACCAAAAGAAAGAUCAGGCUCUCAUCUUUCAUCAGAAAGAAAUAGUUUGUUUCUACCUUUUUGCAUUCUUUAGUAAUCAGCAGUGGUAAGUUUCAGGAAAAUAUCAGGUCCAAGAAAAAAAAGGGGGACUGCACUCGGCACCAGUAACAACCUUCAUUUGGGUCGAGGAUGGCCCCGUCCGUAUCUUGACGCGUCAGUUGGAUCCUCCUGAAAUGGUUUUUGGGUCCACCGCUCCCCAUUUGUAAUGUUUUUUUUUUUCAAAUAGUAUUCUUUAAUUUUCUUAAUAUUAUGACUUUAUUUAUGACUUUAUUCUGAUAAUUUCCCCCAAAUUUCUGCAGUAGUGACAGGCACAGGUGAUCGAUCAGCUUUUGUGAUCGUCAUUAAAAAGCAAGUAUCGGCACAUGCCGAUACUUGUGACUUUUCACGGAAAUCGGCCGAUGCUGAUCGGUGGCCGAUCGAUCGGCACACACCUAAUCAAUCCGCUGAUUGUUUUUCUUUGCAUUUGUGUGUAUUUAGACCACAUAUACACGCAUAAUCAAGAUUGUGAUGUUCGGAAUGUCCGCAAAUUAAUCUCGUGGUUCUAGAGGAAAUGAGGAAGUGUCGUUCGGAGGAGGACCAGAGACGUGUUUGUGAGUUGGAGAUGCAUAUGUGGGGUUGGAGAUGCACUGCUGCUGAUGUGUUCAGGUCAGGUCAAGUUAUCAAAGAGCGUCAGGCUCUGUGUGACUCUGUGAGGACCUGUGCCUCCGGCUUGCCAUGACUCCCUGUGUUCAUUUAACAUAAUUUAUUAAAUAAAUUAGCUACCGCCGUUAAUGUGCUAUAUUUGACAGCCCUAAUUAAUAUCCAUGAAUGGUUAAGGAAGUUCCCAAUAGAUUUCCCUUCCACAGCCUCUGAAUGUCACAUUUUCAUGCCUCUAAAGGCCCGAGGAACCCAAUUCAAGCCUUUACUCUCAUGUCCAACAUAACUCGUCCCUCUAAUCUGAAAUGCGGGGGAUUAAACAGACAGCCAACUCCCCAUCCAUAAUUCUGUCCGUCCCCCACCCCCCCCACCCCCAACCUCCCCCCGCCCCCUCCCUCAUGCAGAGUAGUGCCAGACUCGUCAUUUUGAGACCAUAAACAUGAUGUUCGAGGGGCCGAGAGAGAAGGUGGGUGGGGUGGAUUAGAUUAAGUUGGUCCAAAUUCAAGGGAUCACCCGCGGGAGGCUGGGGUGACAGAUCAAAAAAUGUGUGUUGGUGUGAGCGAGAGAGAGAGAGAGAGAGAGAGAGAGAGAGAGAGAGAGAGAGACAGAAAAUGUUCAUGGUCAUGCAAUCAGAAAUGCAGGUUGUUUCGGCUGCUGGUCAUAAUAUUACCCUUAAUUCUCCGUACACCAGCCUCCAAUAAGCCACUGGGGUUCGGGAUCGGCCGCGGCACCAUUCAGCCACCUUGGCUUUUUCUGGAGCAACUGCAGUUUGGAUUCUAACUUGUCCACAAAGACACAGACUGCGUUCAAAGACAUGCACGGGAAGUAGGACUUUGGACUUGAAUGUGACGACUGAGCAGGUACAAACACGGAGAAAGGGGAGGGUGGUGAUGGGAAACAUCAACAAGACAUCUGGGAAAAAAAGUAACAAGGGGGCGUCGCCUGUUGACAGCAGCGGGGCCCCGCUGGCUGCGGCCAUGCUUGGGGACCCUAAAGACGCAGGUGAGGUAGACACCGAAGAAGACGAAGACAGAGGAAGCGAGCCGGAGUUCGACGAGCCGCUGUGCGCUCUGGUUAAGAACUGCAACAUGCUGCACAACAUUGUGGGGCCUGCUUGUAUCUUCCUCAAGCAAGGCUUUGCACAGAGCCAGCUCGACCGAGACCUGCGGCCUGAAGAGAUGGAAGAGCUGCGUGAGGCAUUCAGGGAGUUUGACAAGGACAAGGAUGGCUUCAUCAGUUGCAAGGAUCUUGGCGAGUGCAUGAGGACGAUGGGAUACAUGCCGACAGAGAUGGAACUGAUAGAGCUCAGCCAGCAGAUCUGUGGCGGCAGAGUAGACUUUGAAGAUUUUGUGGAGUUGAUGGGUCCGAAGAUGCUGGCUGAGACCGCAGACAUGAUCGGCGUCAAAGAGCUUCGGGAUGCCUUUAAAGAGUUUGACUCAGACGGCGACGGUCAGAUCAGUCUUGGGGAGCUCAGAGAAGCCAUGAAGAAGUUGAUGGGCGAGCAACUCAAUCACCGUGAGAUCGACGAGAUCCUACGUGACGUCGACCUCAACGGGGACGGAGAGGUGGACUUUGAAGAGUUUGUGCGGAUGAUGUCUCGCUAAACAAAACUGUCUUCGCCGCACUGAAAGGGGACGGCACACCAUCUUCUUGUAAUUCUGCUCCCUGUACGCACCUCCUUUUGUCCAUCCUUCCAUUCUGUACAUGUGUUAUUGUCCUGUGAAUGUUAACUGUGCUCCUGUGGUAACAUAAGAUGGCAGGACGGAGCGAGGUCGGUGUUAGGAUUUAGGGUUAGGGUUUCGCAGGGAGAGCGAUGACUUUGAAUGUCACAUCACCAGCAGUACGAUGCGUGAGGCAUUGUACAGUUUGCACUAUGCUGCUAACUCAUACACGUGUAGUUAUUUAAAACAGCAUAAUGUCAAACAGACCAAAAAACAAGGUAAGAGGUAAAUUAUCAGUGGUGUGUGGUGAGGUUCAUGGCUAGUCAGGCACUGACUCCUUUGGAGUUUUUUUUUUUUUUACUUCUUAGUCCAAUGUAUUUAUUUAUUUUUAUUAACUGAUAAACAUUUGUGGUCUUACCUUUUGUGUAUAUGAAGUACAUCUGCUGAUAUACAGUAUAACUCUACACCUUGGCAGUCAAAUGUAUUCAUAUUCAGCAGAGCAUAAAAACAUACUGAAUGCAUUUGACUUGCUGCUCUCCAGCUGGUGCUGUCAAAAAACAACAACAACAACAAAAAGUCUCUUCCUCUCUAUGGAAGGACAGCAGUGACAAGCACCUUCCAGCUCACGCAUGCCCCUUCCACUUCAGGACAAGGAGAGUACUGCAACGUCUCCACGUAUGACAUUUCUAUGUGUUUUAUUGUCCGAUUAAGUCCAAGUCACACUAAGCGAGAAUCAAGCAGAACCAGUCGGAAUGAAACGGUUUCAAAAUUUGUGCCACAUUUUAAAUUCGUAAAAAUGCCGUUCGAAUACUUAGAUUACGUUUAAAACCUGUCUGGAAUCAUUCUUGCACAUUCGACUCAAAUGUAGUUGGAACGCAGUAGGACUACUAAGAAUACUGUUAGAAUGCAGUCAGAAUAUUUAGAAGGCACUUUGAACGCCGUACGAGUGCCGUUAAAUUGCUGUCCAAAGUCUGGUCGGAAGUUGCUGCAUCAUCAGGAAUAGGAGCCGCCUCGUCAGGGGCUUCUUGGGCGUCAGCACCUCUGCGUGGCAGUUGGCUGCGUUUUUUUUUCAAAUGCAAUCAUAAUGUUUGGAAUGCUGUUGGAAUACCGUAAGAAUAUUUAGAAUGCAGUCAGAGUGCAGUUAAAAUACCUUUCAAAUGCCGUUUGAUAUUUUUUAACAUUGAAUCCACCUCAAAAGUUUUUUGCAUGCACAAAACAUUCAUGCCGGCCACAAUAAUAGGCUCUAAUACUUGGAAUGCACUCAGAAUGCAGUAAGAAUUUUUAGAAUGCACUUCAAAUAUGUGUUAUAUUAUUGGCGGCAUGCUGACAAACAGAAACUGUUGCGCCAUCUUCCAACUCACACGGUAGGCUGGGCGUGCGCACUAAGCCGCAGCCUCGUCUUAGGUUUCUGUCCCGUGUUUGAUCAGGAAAUUCAGUGAUUUUUACUUAAGAAAAAGUGAAAACAAUUGGUAUCAUGCAGAAAAUAAAUAUGCAGGAUAACACAGUUCAAUGGACAAAUGUUAAUAUUUAUUUUAUGUUGUGAUUUUUCCUUUUAUUCAUUUUUCAUCAUGACCGUCACCUGUCUCCCCUGACCACCUAUUUCUGUAAAUUAUGUAGUUUGCAAAAUACCUUUUUGGCACUAAUAAUUUAAUAAUAAAAAGCUCAAGCAGACUCUUGAUCCUUGUUCACACAAAUAAGAAUAAUAAAAAAAAAACCCUUCUCAAUAAAUGAGACAUUUAAAAUGACAUUGUUAAGUAUUGAAUUACAUAUAAGCAUAACAUUAUUAUUAUUAUAACAUUAUUACCACUGAACACAGUCUCGAAAUGCAAUGCUGGAGCUGUAAUUACAAAUUUGACCCCAAAAAUGAUGAAUACCAACGCCACAGAGGUGAAAAUGUAGCGAUAUUUUGAUCCCAGUGACUGUUUCAUGCAUUGUUGUUGGACGGCAAUAUUACCUCUGUGUUUUCCAUCAAGUAGCCUUUGUUCACGGGCAUUUUAAGACUGUCUCCAGUUCUACUGGCACAUAGACAUUGUGGUAGGACACAGCAUAGUAAAAUAAAUGUGCUUUUCUAUGCAAACUAAAUAACACCAACGUGUUUCGGGGUGUCUUGAAGCCCUCCUUUCUACAUCAGUGUAAAUGCUACACUUCUGUAAAUAAAUGGAAUACCUCUACUUUCCUUGGUCAGGUGGGGAUGUACUCCGAUGGUCUCAAAUAAAUAUAUUUGAACUGUUUCAGGACAUAAAUCUUCUAUUUUUACAUUUUGUGCAUCAGCUUAGUAUAAUAGGCGUUGUAAAUAAAUAUGAAUACCAUUAAAGCACUGUGCUGUCCAACUGACUCCUGUGGGAUUCUUUAAAGAGGUUCCAUCACUCAUUUUCUUC